AAAAAGAAAAACCGAUCUCCAAAACUGGUUCUAAAUCCACGUUAUCUGAUGUCAACAACAAAGUCUGCAACAAACACCCUGAAAAGUUUCACCGUACCCUUCGAAGUUUGAGAGUUGAGGCUCUUCAACUCUCUCUCUCUCAUUCUCUCUGCCAACGAUGCAGAAACAGCCGCAACCCCCAACCGCCAAACCCAUUCUUUCCCUCAAUGAAGAAGAAUAAUUCACUCUUCUCCGCCGUUACUUUCACCCUCUUCACUGCCACCCUCUUAAUCCUCUCUUCACUGUCACCCUCCCAUGCCAUUGGUUCCGCCUCCACCCUCGCCGUCACUUCCGCCGCCGUAUGCGGCGUGGUGGCAUCGGAGCCGACACGGCGCAUUGCGUGCUACAGCGAUGGCCACGUCGUCGCCGUCGCCCCCAACAUCUCGUUCUCCGCGAUCUCCGGCGGCCUGAGCUACUUCUGCGGCCUCCGGUCCGGCAACUACACUCUUCUCUGCUGGGACACCCUUUCUUACUUCCAAAGCAAGAGACUUUACAACAAUGACACUGUUCUAUUCGAGAAUCUCGCCCUCGGGGAGUCCCAGGUUUGCGCCACCGCGGUCGGCGAUGGAGCGGUGUCGUGUUGGAGAACCAAUGCCGCCUUCGAAUUGCCUUCUGGGUCGGACCGGUUUUCUUCUAUUUCAUCUGGGUUGGGUUUUUCUUGCGGAAUUUUGAAGGGUAGUAAUUGGGUUCGGUGUUGGGGGGUUGAGGCUAGAGCGAGAAAAAUGGAGAGUGAGUUUGGGAACGUGUCUAUGGCGAGUCUUGUGGCUGGGGAGUCACAUGUUUGUGGGUUGAAUUCAAGUGGGUAUUUGGUUUGUCGAGGAAGUAACGAUUUUGGUCAGAUUGACGUUCCUGAAGGAGGGGCUUUGGAGUUUUCUGGUUUGGCUCUUGGAGCUGAGCAUAGUUGUGCUAUUCGGAGAUCCAAUGGUUCUGUCGUGUGUUGGGGCGGGAGAGGGUUGUUUGAGGUUAAUGUUACAAAAGGUGUUUCUUUUGAGGUUCUUGUUUCUGGGUCCAAUUUUACUUGUGGAUUGACGACUAACAAUUUUUCAGUUAUUUGUUGGGGUCCUGGUUGGGCUAAUAAUACUUCAGGUUAUGAAAUUCCUUUGCCUCCUAUACUUCCAGGGCCUUGUGUUCAAUCUUCCUGCAGUGAAUGUGGGAUAUAUCCUCAAUCGGAGUCUCUCUGUUCUGGCUUUGGUAACAUCUGUAAGCCAAGACCUUGUUGGCCUCCAAUGCCAGGGCCAGAACCACCACAAAUGGCGCCGCCGCCUGUGGUGGCGGUGCCACCUGCGUCUCAAUCAAGUGCCUUCACCAAAGGGUUAUUGGCAUUUGCCAUUGUUGGAUGCGUGGGAGGUGUUACUGGGAUAUGCAGUGUGAUUUAUUGCUUAUGGACUGGGGUUUGUUUAGGGAAGAAGAAAAUUCACAAUUCUGUGCAGCCAACAAUCACUAGAGGUGGCAGUGUAAACGGUGGUGGCGGUGGUUCUAGCAAUAGUAUUAGUCCUCCGUCGAGAUCAUCCACCAUUAGGCGUCAAGGGUCGCGGAUAAUGAGACGCCAAAGGAGUGGAACCUCAUCAACAAAGCAUCCUGAAAGGGCUGAAGAAUUCACCUUGGCUGAGCUUGUUGCAGCUACGGAUAAUUUCUCCCUUGAGAACAAGAUUGGUGCCGGAAGCUAUGGCGUCGUCUAUAGAGGCAAACUUGCAGAUGGCCGUGAGGUGGCAAUCAAAAGGGGCGAAACAGGCACCAAGAUGAAGAAGUUUCAAGAGAAAGAGAGCGCAUUCGAGUCAGAAUUGGCCUUCUUGUCCCGUUUACACCACAAGCACUUGGUAAGGCUGGUGGGGUUCUGUGAGGAGAAAGACGAGAGGCUCUUGGUGUAUGAGUACAUGAAGAAUGGAGCAUUGUAUGAUCAUUUGCAUGACAAAAACAAUGUGGAUAAAAGUAGCAGUGUCGUGAACUCUUGGCGAAUGAGGAUCAAAAUCGCUCUGGAUGCUUCGCGAGGAAUUGAGUAUCUCCAUAACUACGCAGUUCCAUCUAUAAUUCACCGAGACAUAAAGUCUUCAAACAUUCUCAUUGACGCGACUUGGACGGCGAGAGUAUCCGAUUUUGGAUUGUCAUUGAUGAGUCCAGAAUCUGACCUUGAUUAUCGACCAACGAAGGCAGCAGGAACAGUAGGAUACAUUGAUCCUGAAUAUUAUGGUCUAAAUGUAUUGACAGCAAAGAGUGAUGUGUAUGGUCUUGGAGUGGUACUGCUAGAGCUAUUAACAGGAAAGAGAGCAAUAUUCAAGAAUGACGAAAAUGGAGGCACCCCAGUGAGUUUGGUGGACUUUGCAGUGCCAGUUAUUAUGGCAGGAGAAUUGGCAAAAAUUUUGGACCCAAGGGUUGAACCACCAGAGUUAAAUGAGACAGAGGCAGUGGAGCUAGUGGCAUAUACAGCUAUGCAUUGUGUAAAUUUGGAGGGGAAGGACAGACCAACAAUGGCUGAUAUUGUGGCAAAUUUGGAGCGUGCUUUGGCUCUCUGUGAUAGUAGUCAUGGCAGCAUUUCCAGUGGUACAGUCUCCAUUGUAUCAGACUGACACUCAAACCCUGAUAAAGGGAGUUAAAGUAGAACAAUGUUUCCUUAUUCCUAUUGAUUCUUUUCCCGAAAAUUAUAUGAUGAGGGUGUAAAGACUAGGAAUGUUAUGUCACCUAACAUCAACCUGUAGCGUAGAAUUUUGUGAAAUGUGAAACACUAACAGCCAGUAAAAUUCAUCACUUUUUAA